UACGCUGCCAGCCACCACCGGAGCUGGACGUGUCUCGAUCGCUCUUUUAUACCGGCAUUCGAAACGCUACUGAAUUACGCGUCCAUUUUCGCCGUCCCGGUUUUUGUACUGGAAUUAGUGUUAGCCUUUCUAGUCAGCGUGUAUUUACAAGUGUAUAUUAGACGUUAUUUUUAUAAGAUUUUUUAUUAGUGUAUACGUGUAAGUGUAUAGUGUAUAAUAGUGUAAGUGUCGUGGAAUGGAUACGUUUUGUUAACCGUCUGUAUAAUGUCGAAGACUUUGAACGCAUAUAGAAUAAAGAAGAUCGAAUCGCUGGGCAGAAUGACGGCUAUGACGCAGGAGGAGAUGGUGGCCGGCGCGCGGACGGUUGCCGCCGGCCUGGAGGCGCUAAGGGCAGAGCACACACAGCUGCUGGCAGGCCUGGCUGCGAACACGGACCAUGAACACGAGAAGGCGGCUCUUGUGAGGAAGAGCAUUGAUGCUAUAGAACUGGGGCUGGGAGAGGCGCAGGUGAUGGUAGCGCUCGCGUCCCACCACCAAUCCGUAGAAGCAGAGAAACAAAAGCUCCGCACUCAAGUGCGUCGUCUCUGCCAAGAGAACGCCUGGCUCCGUGAUGAGUUAGCCGCAGCUCAGCAGAGGCUGCAGGCCUCCGAGCAGAGGGUCUCGCAGCUCGAGGAGGAAAACAAGCACUUGGAGUUUAUGGCCUCUAUACGUAAAUACGAUAGCGACAUAACAGAAGAGAAUGAUACCAGCCGAAGUGGACAGGCGGACAACAAGCGAGACGACCCGAUGGUCGAUCUGUUCCCAGACGACGAUCAUGAGGACAAUAGGAAUAAUAAAUCCAUGUCCCCCACACCGCCAUCUCAAUUCGCACAGCAAGUGAACGUUGGCUAUGAGAUUCCAGCCCGUCUGCGAACAUUACACAAUCUAGUGAUACAAUACGCGUCACAGGGCCGGUAUGAAGUGGCCGUACCACUGUGUAAACAAGCCCUUGAGGAUCUGGAGAAGACAUCUGGUCAUGAUCACCCCGAUGUGGCCACUAUGCUGAAUAUUCUGGCGUUGGUGUACAGAGAUCAAAACAAAUACAAAGAAGCGGCGAAUCUACUGAACGACGCUCUGUCUAUCCGUGAAAAGACGCUCGGCGAGAACCAUCCAGCUGUGGCCGCUACUUUGAACAAUCUAGCCGUUUUGUAUGGGAAACGAGGCAAAUACCGUGAAGCAGAGCCGCUAUGUAAGCGUGCGCUGUGCAUCCGCGAGGCGGUGCUCGGACGCGACCAUCCCGAUGUCGCGAAGCAGCUUAAUAACUUGGCACUGCUUUGUCAGAACCAGAAUAAAUACGAAGAAGUGGAGCAGUAUUAUCAGCGCGCGCUUGAAAUUUACGAGAGCAAGCUCGGCCCAGACGACCCUAACGUCGCAAAAACGAAGAACAACCUCGCCUCUUGCUAUCUUAAACAGGGCAAGUACAAAGAAGCGGAGACGUUGUACAAGCAAGUGUUGACGCGGGCGCACGAAAGGGAAUUCGGAACUAUUGAUGGCGACAACAAACCGAUCUGGCAAGUGGCAGAGGAGAGGGAGGAAAAUAAACAUUUGCAGAAGGAAAACGCGCCCUACGGGGAAUAUGGCGGAUGGCAUAAGGCUGCUAAGGUGGACUCGCCAACAGUGACCACCACACUGAAGAACCUCGGCGCGCUGUACCGGCGCCAGGGCAAGUACGAGGCGGCCGAGACGCUCGAGGACUGUGCGCUGCGCAGCCGGAAGGAGGCGUUGGACAUGAUGAAGGCGUCUCGGGGACGUUCAGCGCGCGGGCGGGACGCGCUCGAGCCGGAGCAACACGACGAGAUACCGCAUGAAGCGCGCAAGCUCCCUGUCAGAGCUCAAUAAACCGAGCACAGAUAACCAACGGUAGCGACCAUCGACAACAGCGCUGCUGGUCUACGUCACUACGACCCUCGUUCGGAUACUCUCACUGCAAUCAUGAUAGUACCACGAAAUACAUUGAAUAGUCAUGUUUAGAUACGAUAGAAUACCAUAUAGGUAAAGGAAAGACAAUAGCACGUAAUUGUAGCACUCAUUUGAAUUGAAACAAUCUUUGAUCGCAAAACGUUUGUCAUGAAUGCGCAAGUAUAUUUGUGGGGAUGUAACGAGUGAUGGCCUUAAAUUAUUCUAAAUGGGCUGGAUUUUAAAGAUGGCGGAUAUAGAUUGGUGUGGGACGAAGAAUUGAAAUUGUAUUCGUAAUAUUGUGAUAUAAGCGCAAUUGGUGGUGAAUAGUUAUCGAAUAAAUGUCAACGUAGCUAUAUAAUCCGCUUGGCUUUUAAUCUAUCGUAUUGUUCACGAAUCAUUUUACAAAAUUGAAGCUAACAUGAUUACCUUUUUUACAUUAUUUCUAAUUUCCAUCCUCAUUAAUAAGGUGAUAUUUUUUAUAGGCAUACAAUUAUAGAAUGAAACACAACUGCAAAAUAAACAGUUAUGCACGAUACGAUUGGAUUAUAUUAGACAAAUAUUAUUUUAUAAAUUUCUGUGGUUUUUACAAGACCAAAACAAUAAAAUUAAUUAUAACUAUAUCAAACACACCUACAGUCAUUUAAAGGUGUGUAAAAAUUACCUAUAGUAUCUGUAUCGAUUUAAUUCUCAAAAAUAUUUUUGUUUAAUUCCAACAUUCAUACAGUUGCCUAUUAUUAUUAGCAAUAGCUUGUGUGAAGAGUUAUGUUUGUACCUACUUUGUAUUGAAUAAACAUUUCAUGUCACUUAUUUUUAUAUUUUCUUAAAGAUGUGUAAAACAAGAUCAGACAAUUAAAAAAAUAAAUAUAGCGAUUAUCAUAAGCUUUAUUCUGAAAGACUUGAACUUAAAGCUUCCGCACAUGUUUUAAUUAGAUGUACUUAGAAUUAGGCGAAAUAUUUCGUGUAGCGUGUGCUUAUUAUCAAUAACUUUUAAGUAUUUUAUAAAGCAUUAAAAAAUAUUUUAAUAAUUAUAAUGAAUUGAUACAAGGUAUGCACUGACAGAUGACGGUAAAAAGCGCGGGAAAUAUGGUGAAACAACAAACUCUUUAAAAAUAUAUUACAAAUCAUAGUUUAGUAAUGCUGUUUUUUUUUUGGAAAUUUUAUAAAAGGUAGGUUUUCAUCCUAAUUUAAUAAACAUGGAGAAAUGUUUGAAAGUUUAAAAUAAAAGCGAGAAAAAAUGUGGAAUAUACUUAAAAGUUAUUAGUAAUAAGAAGACACGUUAUUAAAUAAUGAAUAGCUGGAUAUUUAUUUUUAAAUUAUACUUACUUAGAUAUCUGCAAUCUGGAUGAAAGAAAUAUAAAAUAAUUGCUUUUGCAUUGUUUAUAAUAAUUCAAUUUUAAGCCUUUGUGGCUUAUCAAUGUCUAAAUUAAAAAUGUAACACUGCGCAAUAAUUCAAAAUUCUGUGAUUCGUUUAAUUUUUUUUUUCAUCUUAUUAUUUACCUACCUAGUUAUUUACCUGAUAUAAAUAAUUUAUCUAUUAUUAUAUUUUAUCUUUUGACAUGAAAUCAUUUGGAAAAACAAGUACCGAUGUAUGUAAUAAAAAUAAGUAAAUAACAUAUCGAUUGUUAAAAAAAUAUGCAUCUAAGAAUAUUUGCGCAGUGUAACAGAAACGCAUUUUAACAAAUUGAUCUCAGUCAACGUUAUUUUAAAUAAAUAUUAUAUUCUUUAAAAUA